AUGUCAAGUCAAAAACCACUAGAUUCAAAUCUAUCCCAACAUAAUAACAAUGAAACUGAUAAUUCACAAAAUGUCAUCGCUAACGAUAUCAAUUCAAAUUCAUCCCACGAUGAUCCCCCAAAACCUAAAAGAACAAGAAAAUUCGAUAAAAGAAGUAGGAGUGGUUGUUUAACUUGUAAAAAGAGAAGAGUUAAAUGUGAUGAAUUCCAUCCUAAAUGUAAUAAUUGUGCUCGAUUGAGAUUAGAUUGUAAUUAUGGGAUUAAAUUAUUAUGGGAAGAUGAAGCCAUAGCAAAGGGGAUUUCAUUUGGUCGGUCCAAACAAAAUAAAUUAAUAAGACAACAACAUUUAAAACAAAAUCUUGAACCAAAUGAAUCAAAAUUAUUAACCUUAUCAGAAAUGAUAUUAAAUAAUGAAUCUGUUAAAUGGGUUAAAAGUUCAAAUGAUGGAAAUUUAUUCUUGAACACGACUUAUAAGGAUUUUACUAAAAUAUUCGAUAUGAUAACCAAAGAUGAUUUACAAUUGAAAAAGUAUAAUGAUACUAAUAUAAUUAUCAAAUCAGAAUUUGAUAAUAAUAGCAUAAAUGGUACUAAUCAGGUCAAUGAUAGGAAAAUCAUAAUAUCAGUUAAUGAUAAUCAUAUAAAUCAAUUGAGUAUAAAUCAUACCAAUAAUUUAAUUAUUCAUAAUCCUCAAUUGGCAGUACCGACAGGUUAUAUUCAACAACAGCAUACUCCUAUGGUUAAACUUGAACCUGAAGAUGAGCCAUCAUUAUUAUUAUCAUCUGAACCUUUCACGCCAAAUCAAAUCUCCAUGGAGUCAACUAUUCCAUCUUCAUAUAGUGAAACAAGUAGUGUGACACCAUCUAUACCAAAUAAUUUUGAAAUAGCAUUCAAUUUCGACGAAUAUUUCGGUCGAACAUUCGCCAAUAAUAAUAUCAAUCCCUUUAAUCCCGAAUUUUAUCAAAAUAAUGUUAAAUUAGAACAUGAAGUGUUCAAUUAUUUCAUUGAAGGUAUAUGUCCAGGUUGUAUAUGUUAUCCAAGAGGAAUUGAAGGUAAAAGUGGAUUAAUUCCUGCUCCUACAGUGGGAGUUAAUUCUGAUCUAAAUCCAUACCUUUAUUUACUUGUCCCAUUAGCUCAAAAAUCAGAAUUACUUUAUAAAACUUUAGUGGCGGUGGCUUCUAAACAAUUAUCAUUAUUAGGGAAUACUAAAUUUGAAUACUUAUGUCGUAAUUACACUUCAGAGAUUUUGCUGACUUUACCAUCAUUAAUUAAAGAAAAACAAUUAACUAAAUCAAAUGAUUGGGAUGAAGUUUUAGCUACGGUGUUAAUGUUAUGUUUUACUGAUAUUUCAUCAAGUUGUGGUGAUUCAUGGUUAAUUCAUUUAAAUGGUGCCAAAGAAUUUUUAAAAGAUUUCUCCAUUCGAUCAAAUAUAACUCCUAUUGCUAAGUUCUUUAUACGAUAUUUUAUAUCUCAUGAAGUUAUGGGAGAAACAGCCUGGUUUCAAAAUAAAAUUGUUGAUGAUGAUGAUUUCUUAAGAGAUUUAAAGAAUGACGAUGAUGAAAGAAUUGAUUUAAUCAUUGGCGCUUCGCCACAUUUAAUUUCCAUUAUAAAUCAAAUUUCAAAAUUAGGUGAUUCUUAUGAAAGUUAUGAAAUUCAUCAAAUUAAUGAUCCUGAAUUCAUAAAACUUCAAAAUCAUGUAUUAGAAGAACGUGAUAAAUUAGAAGUUAAAUUAAAUAAUUUACAUCAAUUUUUAAAAUUAAGUGAAUUAGAUGAUCAUUCUCAACAAAGUAUUUUAAAAAUUUCUGAAAUUAAGAAAUUCGCUACUUUAUUAUACUUACAUGCCAGAAUUGAUUUAGAAUAUCUUUAUUUGAAUCAUAGUCGAAAAGAUGCCAAUGGUAACACUAUCAUGGAAGAAACUAGUAAAUUACCAAAAGUUUAUAGUAAAAGAAUGAAAAAGGUUAAGGAAAUAACCAAAAAGUUAAUGGUUAUGAUUGAAUCAUUACCAAUCUCGAUGUCAUUAUUAUGGCCAUUAUUUGUCAUGGGAAUAGUGGCGGUUGAAAAUGAAGAACAAAGGUGGUUUGUCCUUCGUAGGUUAAUUGAUAUGGAAAGAAUUAGAGAAUUGGCAAGUGUUAAAAUUGCUAGAAGAGUGGUUGAAAGUGUAUGGAGAGAAAAGGAUCUAAAUUGUUUAAAUAAUAGGUGGAGAGAUAUGAUUAAGGGGAAAGCUAAUACUAUUAGUUUAGCUUAA